UUUCUAGUCUGGCUUCAGAUGGCACCGGUGUCACGUCGUCUGCAGUAACGAAGCAGCGGAGUCAGCUGCUACAGCUGCCACGCGCGUCAGGAGAGCCACAUUCCAAGCCCUAGCUGGCCGCUUCCUGACGUAGCGCUGCGUGACGAAACACACGUCGAACAGCCACCACGACCGCGCCAGCUCGCCACGCCAACGGCCUCACCAUGCGCGUAACGAAUGGAGGGGAGCCCGAGGAUACACUGCUGUUCGACCCGAAGCUUCUGGAAAGCCUGGACACGGUCGAAGGCAUCAGCGUGGAGCUGCACCCAACCGAGCCUCCACUCAGGGUCCGGCCACUAUGCUCUGGGGAUUACGACCGGGGCUUCCUGGAACUCCUCACCCAGCUGACAGUGGGUGGUGACGUGUCCCGAGAACAGUUCCUUGACAGGUUCCGGGCAAUGAAGGCAGCGCCUGCCACGUACUACGUCACAGUAAUUGAGGACGCCGACCGGGGAGUGGUGGUUGCCUCGGCGACGCUCUUCGCGGAGCUCAAGUUCAUCCGCGGGCUGGCCACGAGGGGUCACAUAGAGGAUGUCGUUGUCUCAAGCGAGUACCGUGGUCGCAACCUGGGCAAGCUCUUGAUCCAGACGCUAGUACGACUUGGCAAGAGGCUUGGCUGUUACCGGCUCACGCUCGACUGUAAGGACACCGUGGUCAAGUUUUAUGCCAACAACGGAUUUGUCCUUGAGUCUGGGAGUGCCAACAGCAUGAGUCUGCGCUUUGUUGCCCAGUCUCAACAGGCCAGUGACGCUAGGACCCAGUGAUAACAGGCUUACUUUUUGUUGGGAGGGAAGGAAAACUGAGAAGAAAAAGAGAGAAGCGGUGAAUUUUUUCAGCAGUGUUUGUAAAAACAACACACAUUGCCCAACUGUUCCACAAUUCAUUGCUUCAAGACUGGACGCAUCCUCGAUCCAUGAAUGUAGUUAACGCAUGCCUUUGUUGAAGUCACAGUUCAUGCUUGAAGGUACACGCGACCACAAAAUAUUACGGACCAUGAAAUCUGAGAAAAAGCUGAAUAUCUCCGCAAUCUCGCAACGCAACGUGGUAUUUGCAUUUUGCACUUCGACUAGAAAAUGCCAACAUUAUUGUGUACAGUUUUACGGGCUACUGCUACAGGCUCCUCGGGAAUUGAACAUUUUCUGAGAUAUCGUGGUCCGUAAACUUUUGGGGCCGGGUGUACUUUGCGGCUGUUUACACAACUCUCGAAGGUAGGCCUGAUUAACAAAACCACUCAGCGCUUGUUUUUGUUGUUUUUUUAAUAUAAUGGAAAUUAUGUUAUGUUAAAGGAGUACUGGGGGGGAUGGGGGGGACAUGAGAAUUGUGCUUGCUUUCGCCAUACGUGUACAGGUACAGGUUUAGUGAGGUUGAUCGAACCCCAAAACUUAUUUAGUUAAAUCAAGAGCUUUGUUAAACAAAGAAAAAAAAACGUGCAGCGUUCAUACAAACAACAACAAGAUUUAUUCAACGGCAGAAAACAUAAUUUCCUGUCUCCGUACCAAUUAAUAACACCUUUUAUAGACACCAAACCUUCUGAGUGCAUCUUGAGCAUGCUAGUUUUCAAGACUACAGAAAACUAUAAAGCAACACAAAACUUCAAAAGUUUUCCCGCCCAUCAAUGAAAGCCAACCGUAUUUGUUUGUCUGUGUUAAAACUUCGUAAAUAAGCCAUAUGUUUCUCCGUGUUAGGGGGCCUGUGUUUAAAUUAUUAGCGUUUCUUAUUAAAUUCUUAUUAAACUCUUACUAAAUUGUUAGCGAGAAAAUAUUUCCUGCAUACACAACAGUAGGAGUGCUUUGCAGUGCACUUUUUUCCUAUUGGAGGGCAAGAAUGCUGAAGUAGUUUGUGCCUUCAUUUGCUGUGGAUGUGCUAGAUCACCUGGAUUUCCUAAGAGUGGCUUGCUUUAAUGAUGUACUGUUUAUUAUAACUGUAUUACAUUGUCAUAAACAACAUCGGAAGCUUUUUUUACCUGUUACCAGUAGCAACAUUGUUAUUGUGCGUGCUACAUUAUUGUUUUCUGUUUAUUUGUAUAACGUUUUGUGAGGGCUUCUCUCUAUUUUCAUCCACGUGAGAAAGAAGCACUGACACCUGUUUUCGAAGCUGUACAAACUCUACUGUAUGUUUCCUGCACGUAAGAGGAUGAUGCUUAUAUGAAGGCUGGCAAACACUUGUGAGGUGCUUCAGUUUGAUGCUAAUGUUGCUAGCGAAGCGCUGCCGUGAAGUCAGCAUACGGCGCGCGACUGCGAUGUUAUCGCACAUGAACUAUAUAUAGAACAUCACAGUGACGACGAUGGCGAAAAUUCGCCUGGACAGUCCAUAUAAUUCACAUCACAAUAACAUUACUAGUGAAAAACGUCAUGUCGGUGCUCCUUUGAGCACUAGCUAUUGGUUAGGACACGACCGAAAGGUCCUACCAGUGGUUACAGUGCUCUUGUUAAGAGUUGUGUUAACUUCGCUGAUAGCACAUUAAGAUAGCAACCAGCUGCUGUCAGAUGUUCCUUUGCUUGUUGAUUUCACACCGGUGUUUUUACCAUUUCCAAGUUUGCAAAUAAACAAGAACAUGGUUCCUCUUCAGUGAA